AUGAGGCUGAAUGAAGGACGGACGGCCUAUUGGCACGAAUGCCAUGCUUUGGAUACAGAAAUCGUGCUCUAUAUUACUAGUUAUAGUUGCUGCUGCGGAUACAUUUCUUCUUCGGUCGACUUUGCAACAGAAUCUCCUUUGGACUUGGUGAAUGCCGCUUUCUUGGCCUUGGAUGCUUCCUUCUUGGCCUUUCCCUUGUUAGACGAAGUCACCUCGGAAGAUCGCUUAGAAGAAGUCACCUCGGAAGUUCCCUUCGAGGUUUCUUUGGUGCUUCCGGACGGUGCUGCCGGAGAUGGCCACUGGGGUCGCCUUGACGGCUCUCUUGGAAACUUUCUUCGAGGUUCCGUUGGAGGUUGCCUUUCCAGAUGCUUUGGAUAUCAUCUCCUUGGACAACGCUUUGGAGGUUGCCUUGCCAGAAGAGCCUCGUUUAGCGAAAGGGGCAGUUGGAGCUCGAGACGAAAGGCUUUUAGGUCAAGCUGCGCCAUGGACUUCUUGACGAGACGGGCCCUGGCAUCAAUGGGGAGAUAUUGA